AACCGGGGUCGCCUGGCAGAGAAGAGGACGAUCCCCCUGCCCCCAACCAGGAUCCCCAAGAAAGAGCUGACCUCCAUUUUCUCGCAUAGUGACGACAGCGAAGAGAGUGACAAGGGCAAUGGUCAGCACCCCGAAGUGAAGCAGGAAGAGGAUCUCCAUAUCAAUAUCAUGAAAAGAAGGAUACACACCCACUGGGAUUUAAACAUCUCCUUCCGAGAGACCUCUUGCAGCCGUGAUAACGACCUCUCCACUAUCAUCUCCAACCUGCAUCAGAGCCGCCAGCUCGUUAUGCCAGAAACCCAGAGCCGCUGUGAAUUCAAGAGGAACAGCGUGGAUGUUGGCUUGGGAGCUGCAGAUGACAUUUUAGGCAAGAGAAGAGUAUGCUCUCCCAACAGCAGCAGUGAGUGCCCGUUAGAGAGCAAGAAAGCCCGAAGUGAGUCCCCAAAGGAAAACUCCCACACGCCUCUGCUGGAGGACUCAGUGACUCAGAUGACCCCAGAGGAGCACUACAGGCGCAUGAUGUCGGCGCUGAACGAGCACGGCACGUUUGAGGAGCAGCAGCAGCAGCGGCUCUACCAGCUGGCCAACAGCAUGGCAGUGCCCAGCCACGGAGGUAGGGCUUGGGUUUGCGGUGGGGAGCUCAGGUGUUGUCAGAUGGGCUGUUCCCAGUCUGCUGCGUGUGGUUGUGGUGCCAUGGGAUGCCCUUUGCUGAUGGGCUUUGGGACGUGGUGUCGUUAAGCAUCGACAGCGUGAGGUCAGAAGGUUUGUGCAUGCAGACAAAAUUGGUGUCGGUGG